AUGUUUUCCACCUUCGCGUCCACGGCCGACACAGAUACGCUCGAUGACGACUCCGACAUGUUUUCGCUGCCAACGUCUCAUGAAAGCAUACAUCUGAAGGCUGGCAUCGCUCCCAUGCCUGGGCUUAGCAACCUUGGCUAUGGCAAUGGCAGGGAAUCGGCAACAUCGUCCGUGCACUACGGCGACUCCCAUGAUACAUCAGAUGUUAGUGCAGGCAUUCAAAGUGGCCCAGACGAGAGAGAAGAUUCGACACCCGGAGCCUUCAUGAACACAUAUGGGCUCAAUCUCACGCCUUCGCCACUGCCAUAUCCGAAUACACCACACUCAACAAUGGAGAAUGGGUCAAAUGGCAUCAAUGGAGUCAGCUCCAAACAGAACCGAAACCCCAUCUACAAGCCGGUCGAUGUUUCCGUUUCUCACAAUCGCGAUGGUUUGUCUAAAUUAAAAGAAGCUUCCAUCAAGCACGAAUUCAUGACAAGAACACCACAAAGCUUAAGCCGCGAAUCCCAGCCAUCAUCGACACCUGAGCUUCCAGAGUCUCACGAGCGACCUACGAAACGCCGAAUGGCUCCAAAAACCAAAACAACCGAGCUGAAGGCAAGUUCAAGCAUCCCCUCAGAUCUUUCGUGGCCAGAAUUUGGAAGACAAUGUAUACUGGCGGCGGAAAGCAGUCGACUUAACCCAUUUGCUUUGCACCCAGCAGAGUAUAGGCUUCUACGCAAUCACAUCAAUCACGCACAGGUCACCAUCUACAUCAACAUUCGGAAUGCCAUCUUGAGGCUGUGGCAUCGCAAUCCCUUGGUCUACGUUUCGUUCGAAGAAGCCGCGGGCUGCGCUCGAGACAAGCGCUUCUUUGGGCUAGCAAAGAUAGCAUACGUGUGGCUGCUCAGGAACGGGUACAUCAAUUUUGGCUGCGUCGAAGUGCCAGAUACCGCACCGGCAAUGUCGCGGAAGAAGGGAAAGGAUAACCCACAGCGAACGAUUGUUGUUGUUGGUGCAGGAAUGUCAGGCCUUGGUUGCGCUCGACAGCUGGAGGGACUGUUCGCACAACUGGCGAAUCAACCGACGAACAACGGCGACCGGCCACCUAAAAUUAUCAUUCUCGAGGCUCGUCCGCGUGUUGGAGGUAGAGUCUACUCUCACCCUUUCACCAAUCAAGCUGGUUCUACCCUCCCUCCUGGUCAUCGUUGUACAGCUGAAAUGGGUGCGCAAAUUGUCACAGGUUUUGAACAUGGCAACCCCCUGAACGCCAUCAUACGAGGUCAGCUCGGUAUUCCUUACCACGGUCUACGCGACAACACGAUACUUUACGAUUACGAUGGCACAGUCGUGGACAGAGGUCAGGACAUGUUAGUAGAGAAGCUUUACAAUGAUGUCUUGGAGCGAGCAAGCGUAUACCGGAACAAGGCGGCAGCGCAACGGAUCGUAGAGGGCGAUCGGAACCUCAUACUCUUUGGACGCGACGCCAACGACAACGGAGGGCCCACGAUUGCGGAUCUGGAGAAUUCCGAUACGCCUUUGUCAGUCAAUGCUAAGAGCACGGCUUCGACAACAGAGGAAAAACCUACGACAGGAGUAGAGAAGCUUGCUGGUAGAGCCUACCAGCUGAGCGCUGGUUUCAACCCAAACAUUUCAGCCGCUGAGGCAAUACAGAGCCUGGGGUGGCAUGCAAGAGCCGAUGUAUCAAUGUCGCAAACCGUAGACCUAGAUAUGGUCGCAAAGACGUCAGAGCACCCUACCCUGGGCCAGACUAUGGACGAGGGUAUCAGACAAUACCAAGCGAUCGUCGACAUGAAACCCCAAGACAUGCGAUUGCUCAGUUGGCAUCAUGCCAACCUCGAAUAUGCCAAUGCAGUGAGUGUCAACAAGCUCAGCUUGAGCGGCUGGGAUCAGGAUAUGGGAAAUGAGUUUGAAGGAGAGCAUUCAGAGGUUAUAGGAGGCUACCAGCAGGUUCCACGUGGACUUUGGAAAUGUCCCACUCAACUGGACGUUCGCUUCAAUACGCCGAUCAAGUCAAUCCGUUACAACACUGAGGACCCGCAGGUCAGGAAAGCUGUCAGUAUCGAAUGCGCGAACGGACAAGUCUUUGAAGCCGACCGGGUCAUAUUGACAACGCCUUUAGGGGUGUUGAAGUCUGGAUCCAUAGAGUUCCAACCACCUCUUCCAGACUGGAAGCAGAGCGUUAUCGAGCGCAUGGGCUUCGGCCUGCUCAACAAGGCGAGUAGCAAGAUGUCUCCUGUUAUCUUGGUGUACGAGAAAGCCUUUUGGGAGCCUGAUCGUGACAUGUUUGGUCUGCUAAAUGAAGCCGAGCACGAGGCUAGCCUCCGGCCCGAAGACUACAAUGCACGGCGAGGACGAUUCUACUUGUUCUGGAACUGUAUCCAGACAAGUGGCAAGCCAACGCUUGUUGCACUCAUGGCCGGCGAUGCUGCGCACUACGCUGAAACAACAUCAAAUGACCGACUAAUUAGGGAAGUCACAGAUCGACUCGACUCUAUGUUCGCGCCAAACCCCGUUCCACUCCCUAUCGAAGCGAUCGUUACGAGAUGGAGCAAGGACCCGUUCGCUCGUGGCAGUUACUCAUACGUUGGCGCAAAGACGCAAACAGGCGACUACGAUGUCAUGGCUCGGCCCCACGGUCCACUUCACUUUGCAGGAGAAGCCACCUGCGGAACACACCCUGCUACGGUUCACGGCGCAUAUUUAUCAGGCCUUCGAGCUGCUGCUGAAGUGUUCGAAACCAUGACCGGACCCAUCGAAGUUCCUAGUCCACUGGUGGAAAAGAAGGUCAAGUUUGAGCAGCAUUCUGCGCCUAACUCUAUUGCGGACUUUAAGCCAGGGUUUGCACCUGCAGUGGUACCGGCCCCGACGGGCAAGACGGCACGAGCUCAACGAGACGAGGACUACGAAGCUGCCAUCAUCGGCGCCAUCUUGGAGGAAGUUGGUGAGCGUCCCAUCAAGCCCGGACGAUCUGGAGUGAACCCGUUCCUGCUCUUCACCAAGGACUUCUGGUACGUUGUAAAGAAAGAGUGUGACGAUGCCCGUGUAGCUGCUACCGGGAACCCAGAGGCGAAGGCGUCCAAGCAGGAGAUUCGAAUCGCCAUCGGCCUCAAAUGGCGGACGGCGGGCGAAGAUGUGAAGAAACCAUAUCAGAACCAGGCUGAUGACGCACGGGAGAGUGCGAUAUCGAAUGCGGCCAGCUUCAAGGAGCGGGUGGCUCGUUGGGAUAGCGAGGCAGCGCGCAUACGACAGGAGUACAUUCAGAAGAAUCCUCCACCUGGCGGCAACGAUGAUCUGAUACUGAACAGUCGUACGGCCAUUGAGCUGGGAGCGGGCAAGCGACUGCGACGACUGUGA